UUUUAUUCCUUCUUUAUUUCGAGGUCUCCCUAUAAUUGCUAUUUUACUCAGCAGAAUUUAAACUUUAAAAUAUUUAAAGAUUAUCAGUAUAUCAUUUUGAGGAAAAGAGAAAGUGUCUUCAAAGACUGCCGUUCCUUCAAAAACAAGCUACAAUUAGUUUCUGUCUUAAAUUCAUUAUAGUUUUUGUAUCUGUAAUUUUAAUUUCUCCUUUAUAUUUUCUUCUUAAAUGUGAAUCUUGGUGGCCAGUUUGUUUCCAGUCCUCCUGCUCAAGUCAUUCCUGCUCCUCAUCUCUGCUGCCAUGCUGUGUCAUGUGCUGCUUUGUGCCACUCUGCUCCUCCUGACUCCCCUGGAGAUCACGGAGGCUCGUGCUCUGCACCCUUCUCCGGAUGCUGUGCAGUUUAUGGAGCAGUUUCUAGAGCGCUAUAAUGACCUUUUGACCCUGGACGACCUGGAAAACCUGUUGAACAGCCAACCAGAGGAGCAAUCCACCUUGUCGUCUGGGGUCAAAGCUGCCGAGUACCCCAAAUGGGCUGAUGUACAAACACAGCCUGAGACCCCUUGGCUUCGUCUGCUGAAGGGGGCCCUGGCCAAUCAGAAGCGAGCAGAGCCGGACCGCUCACGGAGGGGAUGGAACCGGGGAUGCUUUGGCCUGAAACUGGAUCGGAUCGGGUCCAUGAGCGGACUGGGCUGUUAG